AUGGAAUCCUUCCUUCGAGGUAUCCACUCAAAUGUACAUUUAAAAGGAAGGUAUCAUUGGAAGAGUACACUUUUUUCUAACGGGGAGGGGAAAAAAUUCUGUUGUUACCAUCUGCGGAAGAGUGUAUCGAGAGAAGAAGUGCCUUCUGUCGAUGAUGGAGGGCAGGGUGCAAAGCAUCCCCAUUGUGAAUCGCCUUCCAAUGGAAACCACCCAACUUGGUACUACAACGUCCCAGUCAAUGUGGAAGGAAGGGGGUCGGACGACAACCGCACCACCACGAAGCGGUUUCGUGAAAAACGCUUGCGUGAAACAUGGUUAGAAGACAAACGCAGCUGUCUGUGUUCCUCCAAAGCGAACAAAAAUGCUUGGCAUAGCAUACUCUCCAGGUGCUUCUCACCCUGCAGUCGCCGCUUCCCCCCCGGUGGACGGCCAUUCACGUCAUUUCAAAGCGGAACACAACCUAAACACAAACAUAACCAAAUCGUCCUCACCGACCAGUUCAUAAAUCGAGAGAACUUGAAAAAAGAAAUUUUAGACACCCACAAAAAGCUAACCGCGGAUUCCUUCAUCGAUAAGAGGAAAGAGGAAAUUUAUUUUCUGUUAAAAAGUGCUAUUAUGCCGAACCUGAAGGGGAAAAUUUACUUCGUCGGCUCCUGUGAAAAUCAUAUAUGGAUAAAAAACUCAGACAUCGACUCCUGCAUAGUUGUGGAGAACUGCGAAGACAAGAACAGCUACCUGUACAUUUUGAAGGUGAUUAAAAGUGCCAUAAAUCUGAUUUACCCUUCGCUGACGGUGAAUAUCAUUAAGGCGUCCGUUCCGAUAGCUAAGAUUUACAGGGAACAGAAUAACAUUUGCGACAUCAGCAUAAACAACACCGUUGCGAUUGUGAAUACCAAGCUGGUCUCGUCUCUUUGCAACACGGAUGAGCGCGUCACGAUUAUAAACCGCGUGAUUAAAUACUGGGCAAAGCAGAAGAACAUCAACAACAGAUCACAAGGCACCUUCAGCUCGUAUGCCCUAUUUCUCCUGACAUAUUACUUCCUACAAAAUUUGGAGACCCCCCUGCUGCCUCCAUACAAGUCCAUAGAACGGGAAAACGCAUCCUCCUUCGAAAUAAACAGCGAGUACUUCUUCCUCCAGGAUGACGUGGAAAUGCCCUUUUACACAGACGCAGGCGACAUCACGAGCAAAUUGGACACUCGCAAAAAUGAAGAUGACGUGUCGAAGUUGCUCUACGGGUUUUUCGAGGCAAGCGGAAAAAAAAAAAAAUAUUUCUACUCGAGGAGCUCCUGCAGGAACGGAAUAACCCUAGACAUAUACAAUAACCAGAUAAUCGAAAACAAAGAUAUGACGGCCAACAUCUUCUGCCCCAUAACGAAAAAAAUUGUAAACACCUACAGCAUUAACACGUGGAAAAAGAUGUUUGAGAAAAUUCUGGCUGCCCAUGAGCGACUCAAAAGUGGGAAAAGCCUGGAUGUCAUUUGCGAAGAAACGAAGAAUACCACACCAAACAGAAAAAUUGAUCUUAAAGAUCAUCUGUUAAGGCGAAAACUAUAUCAGGGCCUGCACGAGCCGUAG